CCUGCACACUCCCCUUCAGCCAAUCCCUUCCCAGCACACCAACACCAUCCAUCCCCUGUUGUCUAAAUCCCUUCUGGACUUCCCUUAUUGCCCCCCUGGGUGUCCAUGUCCUUAAUUCCCUCUGGGAGAAUGUGCAAACGACCUCCACAUGCUCCCAAGGGACCCUUGAGAGAUAUUUUGGGAUCCUCAUCUCUUUUGCUGGGACCCCAUUCUGGCUUUCCCUUUUGUCCCCUCCCUGGGUGCCCUGCCAUGUUUACUCCCCGAAGAUGCCACUGUAGUCACUGCUGAGAUUUUCAGUGCUCUCUCCCUGCUGACUCUUGAGAGCCCCCCUGAUCCGUCCCUCGUCUGUCUCCUGCUCACUCUCGGGUACCCAAUCAAUCCCCGGUGCCGCCGCCAGCCGAGGGAGCCGAUCCCCCAAACUGGGUGAGGCACCUUCAGCUGCACUCAGUGCCCGCCGGCCCGGACGGUGGAAGGAAUUGCGGAGGAGCCCCAAGGGGCUGAAUCUUUGUAUUCCGGAGGGGGUUUUGACUGAAUUUGAUGGAAGAGGUGGAGGAAAAGCCCCAGAGAUCCCACACAAGGAGGGUCUGCAAACCCAGCCCAGGGAGCUGCAGAGAGGAAAGAUCCCCCCAGUGCCAGGAACACGGCCAGAGAUCCAGCCAGAGCUCAGAGCUGGGGAAGAAGCCCCACAAGUGCUUGGAAUGUGGGAAGGGCUUCAGAAAGAGCUCCCAAUUGAUCGAGCAACACAGGAUCCACACUGGGGAAAAGCCCUACGAGUGUGGGGAAUGUGGGAAGAGCUUCAGCCACAGCUCCAGCCUGUGCAAACACCAGACGAUCCACACUGGGGAACGACCCUAUGAGUGUGGGAAAUGUGGGAAGAGUUUCAGAGAUAUCUCUGACCUGAUGAGACACCAGGUGAUCCACACAGGGGAACGGCCCUACACCUGCUUGGAAUGUGGGAAGAGCUUUGGGUGGAGCUCCAACCUGAGAAAACACCAGCGCAUCCACACUGGGGAGAGGCCCUACGAGUGUCCCCAGUGUGGGAAGAGGUUUCAGCGCAGCUCCAGUGUCCUCCUACAUGAGCGGAUUCACACAGAGGAGAGGCCCUUCCGCUGCCCUGACUGCGGGAAGGGCUUCAACCGCAACUCCAACCUCACCGUCCACCGGCGCAUCCACAGUGGGGAGAGGCCCUACGAGUGUCCCCAGUGUGGGAAGAGCUUCUCACAGAGCUCUGAGUUGACCAAACACCAACGGAGGCACCAGUAAGGGAAGCCCUGCGAGUGCCGCGAGUGCGGGAAGAGCUUCGUGCGCUGCUCCAGCUCCAUCCCCCAUGGGAGGAUCGGCGUUGGAUGAUCCCCAGUGACCCCCGUUGGGCAGAGCCCUGGUGAUCCGUGGUCCUGGUGAUCCGUGUUGGGAAGACACCUGGCUGGGAGGCUCCACAUCUUCCUGGCUCCCUGUGGGCACCUGGAUGAACACAGGGGAAUGAAAAUCCAACAGGAUACAGAAUGACAAUGGGAACUGUUGACUUGAUAUCCUCCAGAACCUUUUGCCCCUGCUUCAGGAGCUGUGUGGGCAGAGAAAAGGGGAUGACACCGGGCUUGGGGGGCCCCGAGGGGAGCACACUCGCUCUCUGGGAGAGAGGACACGACCCCCGGGACCCCCCCUCACCUUCCUGCACAGGCAGAAGCCGAGCCCCAUCUCCAGGAAGACGAAGCCCAACACAGAGACUCCAAUCCCCAUCAGCAUCUUGCUGUGGGCAGCGUUUGACAGCAUCCCUGGGGGGUCUGCAGAGGUCAGGACCCCCAAAACUUCUCACAGACCUCCCAAGCCCCUCCAAGGACCUUUCCAAUAUCUCCCAGCCCACCCAGGACCCUCUGAAACCUCCUUUGGAGUCACUGAUUUUAAAAAAUCAGGUAUUUUAGAAAAAUUGGAGAUCUUAGCUAGAGAUAGGCCUUGCUGGAACUAGUUAGAGUUAAUGAUUGAGUGAGAAGCAGGAUUUGAGAUAAUGAAUCUUAGACUUAGGUAAAAAAUUCCUUUUCAUUGUAUGUGUGUUCAGCUGUGCUUAUAAUGAGAAAAGAGAAACUGAUAAACGGGUUCAGGAAGAUCACAGACCUUACAUCUGGAAACCCAUUUAAAAGUCACAAGGGAGGAAACUGGAGUUGUACCAAAUGUCAUUUGUAAUGUCAACCAUUGUAAAGGUAGAAAGGUGAGAGUGAGGAAGAGCGGUUUUCCUUCAUCUCUUGAUGACCCCUCCUCACCAAAACGACCCCCUCCUCAAAUUAGGGAGCCCACCACGCAGGCAUAAUGACUUUUUAAACUCAUUACCAUGAAUUUUAAUCCAAAGUGGAGCAUGGGAGGUGUUAGCAUUAUGAAUAUGUAUUAGUAUUAAUAUGUAUUAGUAUUUUGGAUAUUUAAGACUUUGGUAAAUAAAUAGACACUGGAAUCUUUUGU